CACCCCACCCCCGCUGUGAGCCCCUCCUUGCAGAAGCUCAGCUCGCCUCCACAGUCCGGGAGCUCAGCAUGCGUCCCGCAGGCUUCGGGAACUUCUUGCUGCUGGCGUGCUCCCUCCUCUUCGCGGGGCUGUCAGCUGUUCCUCAAAACUUCUCGCCGUCUCUGAGAAGCGGGCCAGGUGCCACGUGCAGGCUGUCCCGGGCCGAGUCCGAGCGCCGGUGCAGGGCGCCCGGGCAGCCCCCAGGGGGCGCUCUGUGCCACGGCCGGGGCCGGUGCGACUGCGGGGUCUGCAUCUGUCACGUGAGCGAGCCGGGCGUGUACUUCGGGCCCCUGUGUGAAUGCCACGAAUGGGUGUGCGAGACCUACGACGGGAAGACCUGCGCAGGCCAUGGUAAGUGUGACUGUGGAAAGUGCAAAUGUGACAAAGGAUGGUCUGGGGAUGCUUGCCAGUACCCAACUAAUUGUGAUCUGACAAAGAAAAAAAGUAACCAAAUGUGCAAGAAUUCUCAAGAUAUCAUCUGCUCUAAUGCAGGUACAUGUCACUGUGGCAGAUGUAAGUGUGAUAAUUCAGAUGGAAAUGGACUCGUUUAUGGCAAAUUUUGUGAGUGUGAUGAUAGAGAAUGCAUAGAUGAUGAAACAGAAGAAAUAUGUGGAGGCCAUGGAAAGUGUUACUGUGGAAACUGUUACUGUGAUGCUGGUUGGCAUGGAGAUAAAUGCGAAUUCCAGUGUGAUAUCACCCCCUGGGAGAGCAAGCGAAGAUGCACAUCACCAGAUGGCAAAAUCUGCAGUAACAGAGGGACUUGUGUGUGUGGUGAAUGUUCUUGCCACGAUGUUGACCCAACUGGAGACUGGGGAGAUAUUCACGGAGACACCUGUGAGUGUGAUGAACGGGAUUGUAGAGCUGUUUACGACAGAUAUUCUGAUGACUUCUGUUCAGGUCAUGGACAAUGUAACUGUGGAAGAUGUGACUGCAAAGUAGGCUGGUAUGGGAAGAAGUGUGAGCACCCACGUUCCUGCCCACUGUCGGCUGAGGAGAGCAUCAAGAAGUGCCAAGGGAGCUCUGAUCUGCCUUGCUCCGGAAGGGGUAAAUGUGAAUGUGGCAAAUGUACCUGCUACCCGCCGGGGGAUCGCAGGGUGUACGGGAAGACGUGCGAGUGUGAUGAUCGCCGCUGUGAAGACCUCGACGGCGUAGUCUGUGGAGGCCACGGCACGUGUUCCUGCGGCCGCUGCGUGUGUGAGAGAGGAUGGUUCGGAAGGCUCUGCCAACAUCCCAGGAAGUGCAACAUGACGGAGGAACUGAGCAAGAGUCUGUGUGAGUCAGCAGACGGCAUACUGUGCUCCGGAAAGGGUUCUUGUCACUGUGGAAAGUGCAUUUGUUCUGCUGAAGAAUGGUACAUUUCAGGGGAAUUCUGCGACUGUGACGACAGGGACUGCGACAAACAUGAUGGUCUCAUUUGCACAGGGAAUGGAAUAUGUAGCUGUGGAAACUGUGAGUGCUGGGACGGAUGGAAUGGAAACGCAUGUGAAAUCUGGCUUGGCACAGAAUACCCUUAACAAUGAGAGAGGACUGGGUUCUUAUUUGUCUAGGCCAUUAGAAAUAUAAAUGCAGAGGAAACCAUGUAUAAUCACCACGAGGACAGGUCCAACAGACUGUUGUAUGUUUUUCUAUUUCUGAAAGCCUGAAUGAAAUGUGGAUACCCAUUAAAAAUGAGUUAAGCAAACUCAGAUGUAAAUAACACCAGAAAAGAAAUUUUCUCCUACAAUUUACAUCAGUGGUUCUCAACAAGGGUGACUUUGCCACCCAGAAAACAUCUGGCAAUGUCUACAGGCAAUUUUGAUUGUCACACUGGGUGGGGAUGGAGGGUGCUCUUCAGGCAUCUAGUGGGUAGAGGCCAGGGAUACUGCUAAACACCCAACAGUGCACAGGACAGCCCCACGAAGAAUUUUCUGACUUCAAAUGUCAUUAGUUGCAGAGUUGAGAAAAGCUGAAUUACAUGGUUGUUAAAAAUGUACAUCCCUACACAGAAAGGGCCAUUUUAGACUCUAAGGAAAAGAGCCUUACAUAAAUCCAUUGAUCAUAUGUUGCCAGGAUUCCCCAUCAGGGUUUCCAUAUGGAAAUUAAGACAAACACACUUUAAGUACAAUGUUGAAUUGGGUUGGGGGUGGGGGGCAGAGGCCAGAUCACCAAUGCUUUUAGUCAUUAAGUCAUUUCUCUAGUCUUACUCUAAACUCACAAAAGAAGUUCUCUUAAGAUGAAGGAAGAAAUUAUGGAAAAAUGUACAAUUUAACAUUUUUAAUCAAUAGUGACAUAAGUUGUUUACACUGUGGCAAUAUGUAUUUUACCAACUGAUGACUAACAAAAGAAUGAAUUGUUGCUCAAGAGCAUCCAUUUUUCUGUAACUAGAGCAUGUUUUAAACUGGACAUGGGUUACAUGUACAAGGAAUCUGAUUUUUCCCUAGAAGUUACUCCAUGAUAACUUGCCUUUCAAAAAGACAAUAUCUAGUUAGGUCUAUGAUUGGCUGAAAUAUGCAUUCAUUUCUCUUAAAAGACUCUAUUAUUUCUAAGGAUACAUUUCUCACUGGAAAAGUAGGGCCAUACAUGGAAGUCAAGAAGAGACAUUGCAAUAAAAUGGUACCAGUCCCACAAGCUCCGAGGAUAAAAAGAAAAAUCUAGAAAUGGCUUAAAUAGAAGUUACAAAUAUUCACUCAAUGAUAGGAACAAAAUGUUUAUUUUCAUAAUGGUGAAAUUUCGCUCUGUAUGAAAUUCACAUCAAAUUAUGAAAAUGUACAAUAAUUUGGACUUCCCUUACAUAUUUGCAACCAAGUUUACUUAUAUGCAUUAGUUAGGCAACCUUUAAUUAUUUAGAGCUAAAAAAGACCCACUUUUUAUUUAAUGUGGAUUAUAUUUUGUAAAAUCCUGCAAUAAUGUAAUAAAAUCAUUUUCUUAUUGUUUAAGAUGAAAAAUUUUGCUUGGAUAUUUUACUUAAUGAUGUAAAUAUUCUAGACUCAUGGCUUGGACUUUAUAAGUCAAACCACCAAAAGUGAGGAAAAUGUGUGCCUGCAGAGUUACUUAAAAUUUACAAUAAAAAUGAUUUAAGAGAAAUUUAAUUGAUGCUGAUUUUUAGAAUACUGAUAGUGUUCUCUGACUUUAACAGAUUUAUGAAAUUGUUAUCUCUGUCCUGAGAUUAAGGAGUGCAACCACAUCAGUUGUAUCUCGAUUGUUUAGUGCAUCAGUUGAAAUAUCAGUUUUGUAAAUGAGGGAAAUGUAAGCAGCUAAGAAAUUAUAUAUACAUAUAUGUGUGUGAUAUCCUUUCCUCUUCUCUAUCUAAACAUUUUAAGCCUCAAACAAACCUAUUUUAACUGUUCAGAAGGAAUUUCAAUGAUGAUGGAUUUGGUGAUGGACACAUGGGAAUUCACUACAUUAUCACAGUACAAUGACAUCCAGAUUCCUUACUGCAGAACUCUGCUUUCCAUGGAAAGGACCAGAUAGUAAACAUUGUAGACUUUGUGGGCCACAUACAUCUCUUUUGCAUAUACUCCUUUGUUUGUGUUUAAAACUGUAUAAAGAAAAAAAAAAAAACACUCACUCUGAGCUCCUGGGCCAUACAAAAGCCAAUUGCAAGCUGGGUUUGGCUCACAGCUGAGGAAUAAAUGACCAACCUGUGCUUUGAUGGAACUGCCGUUAAUUUCCUGUUUCCUCACAUAACCCCAGGUGUGUCUUAUUUUUCAUGUAAUUAUCAAUAUUUGUUAUCCCUUUUCAUUAACAACUACAGCAAAAGUGUUUCUCUUUUUAAAUUUUAAUAAAAGAGUGCUCAGCACUUAUGUUUUUAAAGAAAAAGUUUAGAUAUGGGUAAAUG